CACUACGACAUCGCGUUGCUUUACGUAAGGCAGGCGCUCCGGUUUCCUGGCGGAGAAGAUGGCGGCUCCUGGACCGGGGGAGUAUUUCAGCGUCGGGAGCCAUGUCUCUUGCCUCACCUGCUUGGGCCAACGUCUGCAAGGAGAAGUGGUCGCGUUUGACUACCAGUCCAAGAUGUUGACUCUGAAAUGUGCUUCCUCCAGUGGCAAGCCGAACCUCAACGACGUCAUCCUGAUCAACUUAGCCUAUGUUUCUGAUGUGGACAUCAUUAAUGACCGCACCGAGACCCCACCCCCACUAGCAUCUCUGAAUGUUAGCAAGCUUGCCAAUCGAGCACGGUCAGAAAAGGAGGACAAGCUGUCCCAAGCCUAUGCAAUCAGUGCUGGGGUUUCUGUGGAGGGCCAACAGCUAUUCCAGACCAUUCACAAAACCAUCAAAGACUGUAAAUGGCAGGAGAAGAACAUUAUUGUGAUGGACGACGUCGUAAUCUCGCCGCCUUACCAGGUUGAGAACUGCAAAGGCAAAGAGGGAAGCGCUUUAAGUCAUGUACGCAAAAUAUUACUGAAACUGAUGGACACAGCCCCCCCAAACUCCAUCUUUGGAAAGCUGUAGAGGAAGUUGGUUUCAGAUGCUGUUCGACCGGCAGAAAAAGCUCUUGGGUUGGCGCAUACCUCCCCAUCAACACCCUCCAUGUUAUUAUUUGUGUGAAGCUAUAAUGUAUUUCCUUCUGUCUCUGAAUAACUGUUUUAUAUCGCGCUGAAACGCUUUGUAAAACUGUAUAGCCUGCUUCACGUUGUUGCUCUCUGAACAGCAACGUCCUGAAAGAUAUGAUUUCAAUUAGAUAUUCACAAGAUGGUGUCCCCGGUUUUUUUUUAAUGUCACGGUUUCGUUCUUGCAGGUUGAGAAACAUUUUAGAGACGUGGAAAGUCAGAAGUCCAUGCAACGUUCACAAGCACAGCAAACACAGAAGGACUCCACUUUAUCUUCUUGAGUUGGCAGCGCGGGUCGGCCGGGGAAGGCGACGCGGGGGUUUUGUUCCCACUGCCAGACUAAUUCGGCAUUCCUUGUCCUCAGUCCGAGACCACAAGGAGCAGCGCUGUGGGCCCUGGAUCCAGAAGAUCAAAAUACCAUUAAAUGAAAAAAAAAGACAAAAAAGAAAGAGGAAAGAUUAAAUCUUAAAUUAGACUUUAUAAAGAAUAAUUUAAACAUGAACCAUAAAGCAACCAUAGUUUCCUUAACUAACUUGUCCUCAUUCUGGCCCCCCCACAACCCCACCUCACCCUUCCUCCCACAACCCUCCUGUCCCUGAAGGCCUUUUGUCUUUUUCCGCCCUCCUUCCUUUGCCUUCAGUUCCAAUUUCAAAAAAAGAAAACUAGAGCAGUCAGAAAGGCUUGUUAGCUUUAUUUUUCUGUCAUCGUUUCCUUUUUUGCUGUAUCCAUGUUCUACUGUCUGUAUUUUCUGUAUUUUAAACAAAAUGUGACUUGAAAUGCCACACUUUAAAGGACAUUUUCUAAAAUAAAAGUAACAAAAAUUCUGA